AUCGACGGAAAUAUCAGAUUAGUCUGCCAUAUCCCGUAGGCCAUAUGGACCAAAAAAGCCCGAAGAGAAUGAGAGAAAUGCUUAGAGAGCAAAACAAGUAGCUAAAAAAAUGGCACUCCUUACCUUUCAAUCCUCUUCUCACUUCACCAACAACCCAAAUUUCCUUCUUUAUAAAACUCUUCCCUAUCUUCCCACCAAAACCAGAUUCAUCACACUCUCUCAAAAUUCAUCAUCAUCAUCAUCAUCACAAUCCUCAAAACCCACCAUUAAUAAUAACCUUGACUCAAUUGAGCAACCUUCCAAUAAUGAUUCAGAUAAAAAGCCCAUUUCUUCAACUGGGCAAGGGUUCGGGUCUCCUCAAUCACCAAAACCAUCAUCAACAACUGGUAAUAAGAAGGGAAAGAGAGAGAGAGCAUCUAUCAUACGCCGUAAUCCUGUUGAAAAGCCUGCUUUACUAGAUAAGAAAAUUGUGGAAGAAGAAAGUGUCAAUGAAAAGGCUUUUUUGCUUACUUGGUUAGGCCUUGGUGGUGUUAUUUUUGUUCAGGGCAUUGCUCUUGCUUCUUCAGGCUUCCUGCCAGAAGAAUGGGAUAAGUUCUUUGUAAAGUUUCUGUACCCAUCUUUUACACCCACGGUGUUCUUAUUUGUUUUUGGAACAGUUAUAUAUGGCGUUCUCAAGUACUUCCAGAAUGAAGAUGUAACAAACCAAAAAUGAUGGUUUUCUUUAGCAGAGGCAUUUGUGCAAUUGAUCUUGGCCUCGGCCACUUCUUAGACUCUCACUUUCACCCAUACUGGUUUGAAUACUUAUUAAUGUCAUCGAAUCCAGUUAAGGAGGAUCUGGGACUCAAAGCUUGCACUUUUUUGGGUGUAGGAUAGAUACUUUUGUUAUUUGUGCUUCUGCUGUUCAGUGUAUGUAAUGCUGUUCUGAUGUAAAUUGAGAUGGUGAAUUAGAUGUACGGUGUGAUCUACUUAUUAAGUUAUUACAAAAAACUUCAGAUCUAACAUUUCUGAUACACAACAACAGCAACAAAAUGAAAAAAAAAAUGCUCUGUUGCAUGAAA